AUGCAACAGAGAACAGUAAUGGUGGAAAUAAUCAAGUGGCAGCAGUUUUUGUGUUCGGGGACUCUCUAA